ACGCAAUAAAACCAGGGGCUGGGUCAGGAGCCCCAAUAGCAUAGCAUAGCAUAGCAAAGCAAAGCACCCUCGACCCUCCCCCCGGCCCACUCCCAUUCACAGUCCGCAUUACAGGGCAGGGCAGGAAGGAAAGAGAGAAGGUCUCGCAACACCCCAACCCAAUCAUCAGCUCCACUCUUCCAUUUCAUUCAUCAAUCAACUUCACACCUCGUGCCCCUCCCUCUCCACAUCACAGCAGCAGUGCAAUCGAUCGAUUCUUCGCUCGCCCACCCUCAAACAUCGUACACCCACGCCACCCACCAGCAAUCGCCUGCUCCCUUACCAUCAUGCUGAUGACUACCAUGCAAUCUGCGGUGGCCCAGGCCCUGCGCGGCUGUGGUCUCACCAUCACCUCGCGUGCCAUCGUCGCCCGCCGGAGCUUCCUGGUUGCGCCCAGCUACAGCAGGGCUCGUCUCGCCGUCCGAGGGUACGCCACGGCGACCGCGACCCAGAAAGCCACAACUACGCGUGCCGCUAAGAAGCCCGCGGCCAAGAAGACCACCACCACCACCACCCGCAAAGCUGCAGCUGGCACCACCAAGAAGGUGGCCGCGUCCAAGAAACCCAAGGCAAAGGCCAAGGCCAAGGCGCCUGCCCCGAAGAAGAAGAAGGUGGUGGACCCAGAGAAGAAGAAGGCUGAGCUCAAGAAAGAGCUCAAGAAGAUAGCCCUUCUCCACAAAGAGCCCAAGAAAGAAGCCCUCAACAGCUGGCAGGUCUACCUCUUCGACCACAUCAAGGGCGACAAGACCCUCGGCAAGGAAAACUUUGGUCCCAAGCUCAAGGAGCUUUCCGCUGCCUACAAGGACCUCCCCGCGGCUGAGCUUCAGCGCCUCGACCAGCGUUCUCAGCAGAACAGGAUCAAGAACGCCGCCAACUACAAGCAGUGGGUGGAGAGCCACUCGGUCGCUGAUAUACACGCUGCGAACAAUGCCCGCCGGCGCCUUAUCUAUAGCUUUGGCAUGAAGCUCACCCCCAGCAAGAUCGUUGACGAGCGUAAGCCCAAGCAGCCCGCGACCGCCUUCAGCCAGUAUAUCAAGUCCAGAAACGGCGUCUUCGCCACCGGCAACGCUCGCGACAACAUGAAGCAGCUGAGCGCCGAGUGGAGGGCACUCUCGCUCUCCGAUAGGAAGCCGUACUCGGACCUCUACGCUGCAGAGGCGGUCAAGUACCGGCGCGAGCAGGAGAGAGUCGGUCUGUGAGACGAGCGGAGGUAAUCAUGCGGGAAACCAGUAUACCUUAGGUGGUUUGAAGAAGAAAAGGAAAAAAGAGAAGAGUAAACUCUCGGGACAAGCUCGCUUGCUCUCAAAAAAAAUCAAAAAAAUCAAAAAAAUCAAGGGGUCAUCGUCCGUCUUGAGCGAUCCGACUGCACGUAUUGUGGCUGGUUUUGAGUAGCUUUUGGAAGGUUCUUGCGGUAUCCAUGUACGAAUAGUAUUCAUCGAUUUCUUUCUACGACAGUUGGUUCAUCUGGACUAGAGGUGUUUCCUUUCUUUAUCUCCUUUUCUUUUUCUCUUCUUCUUUUCGUUAUGCGGCUACGGUAGAUGAGUGUCGGCGACUUUAUGAGCUUAGGACCAUCAACAAGUGUGAAACCUCAUUUGUCAAGACCAAACAGUAAAUUUCGGAUGACGAUGCUGUCGCAUGAUCAAUACAAUAUCAUGGAAGGG